AAAAAGUUUGCAGAUGCGGAUUAGGUAACGGUGUCGCUAUCGAAUGAGUUCGUCACUUGCUCCCUAAAUUCUAACAAAGUCUAUCACCACCAUAAUGACUGGAUCUUGGUCUUUGCAUUGUCACUUCAUCGUGCUAUUGUGUGGGUGGCAACUCAUCCACGCCCAGUAUGAGUCCUUGGGUUAUCCUCAAAGUUACCUCCAGCCUGAGGAGGAACACUAUUCUCCCCCCGAGCUGCCCCCGGACACGCCCAGAAUUCAGUUGAGGUUGGCAGGCGAGAAACGAAAACACAAUGAAGGAAGGGUAGAGGUCUAUUAUGAUGGUGAAUGGGGAACUGUUUGUGAUGAUGAUUUCAACAUCCAUGCUGCCCAAGUGGUGUGCAGGGAGCUGGGUUACGUCGAAGCAAUCUCCUGGUUCCCUUCAUCCAAAUAUGGGAAAGGAGAAGGUCGUAUCUGGUUUGACAAUGUCCAUUGUACUGGCAAGGAGAAGUCACUGGCUCUAUGUUCAUCAAAUGGCAUUGGUGUCUCUGACUGCAAACACACUGAAGAUGUUGGAGUGGUGUGCAGUGAUAGACGUAUCCCAGGCUUUAAGUUUAUCAACACUCUCACCAACAACAUAGAUAGUUUGAACAUUCACGUUGAAGACGUGCGAAUCCGAGCAAUUCUGUCUUCCUACCGCAAACGCGUCCCGGUGACAGAGGGCUACGUGGAGGUGAAGGAUGGAGGCAGUUGGAUGCAGAUCUGUGAUGAGGAGUGGUCUCAAAUGAACAGCCGCGUAAUCUGUGGUAUGUUCGGCUUUCCCAGCGAGAAGAGAUACAACACAAGAGUCUACAAAAUGUUUGCUAGAAGGCGGAGGCACGCAUACUGGGGAUACUCAGUGAACUGCACUGGCAAUGAGGCCCAUCUGUCCAGCUGCAAGCUGGGCCAUCCCGUCUCUCUGAAAACCAACCAGACUUGUGGCCAGGGCACCCCUGUCGUGGUCAGCUGUGUCCCUGGGCGUGCCUUUGCACCCACACCAAUGGCUGGCUAUAGAAAAGCUUUCAGACAAGAGCAAUCUGAGCCUCAACCACUUGUGCGUCUGCGGGGCGGCGCAGUUGUGGGGGAAGGUCGCGUGGAGGUUCUGAAGAAUGGGGAGUGGGGAACAAUCUGUGAUGAUAACUGGAACCUUGUGGCCGCCACCGUGGUUUGUCGAGAGCUUGGCUUCGGAACUGCCAAAGAGUCCCUUUCUGGUGGACAGCUCGGACAAGGCAUGGGCCCGGUUCACAUGAAUGAGGUAGAGUGUUCCGGAUUUGAGAAGUCCAUCACAGAGUGUCGGUUUAACAUGGACUCAGAGUCGUUGGGCUGCAGCCAUGAGGAGGACGCGGGUGUGAGGUGCAACGUUCCAGCCAUGGGUUUCCAACAGAGGCUGCGUUUGAGCGGAGGCCGUAACCCAUAUGAAGGGAGGGUUGAGAUGCUGGUGGAGAGGAACGGCUCACUGGUGUGGGGAACAGUGUGUGGGGAAGGCUGGGGAACCAUGGAGGCGAUGGUGGUCUGCAGACAGCUGGGGCUCGGCUUCGCAAGCCAUGCCUUCCAGGAGACGUGGUACUGGCCUGGGGAUGUUAAUGCUAAUGCUGUUGUGAUGAGCGGGGUUCGAUGCGCGGGAACAGAGAUGUCCCUAGCACACUGUCUGCAUCACGGAGCUCACAUCAGCUGUGCCAAAGGAGGAGGACGCUUCGCUGCUGGAGUCUCCUGUUCAGAGACGGCCCCCGACUUGGUGCUAAACCCCCAGGUGGUCGAGGAAACCACCUACCUCGAGGACCGUCCCAUGUUCAUGCUUCAGUGUGCGUACGAGGAGAACUGUCUAGCCUCCGCCGCUAGCCAGACGCCGGCAAACUCUUACCGACGUCUGCUCCGCUUCUCCUCCCAGAUCCACAACAAUGGCCAGUCUGACUUCCGUCCCAAAGCCAGCCGCGAAUCGUGGGUCUGGCAUGAUUGCCACAGACACUAUCACAGUAUGGAAGUAUUCACACACUAUGACCUGCUCAGUCCAAAUGGCACCAAGGUUGCUGAAGGACACAAAGCCAGCUUCUGUCUUGAGGACUCUGAGUGUGAUGAAGGCAUUGAAAAGAGGUAUGAGUGUGCCAAUUUCGGCGAGCAGGGGAUCACAGUGGGAUGCUGGGACACAUACAGGCACGACAUUGACUGUCAGUGGGUGGACAUCACAGACAUCAAACCCGGAGACUACAUGUUCCAGAUCGUCAUUAACCCUAACUAUGAGGUGGCAGAAUCGGAUUACACUAAUAACAUUGUGAAGUGUCGGUGUCGAUACGAUGGCCAUCGUAUUUGGAUGUAUAACUGCCAUAUAGGAGGUUCGGUCAGUACAGAGACUGAAGAUACUUUCCCAGGACUUGUGAGUAAUCAGGUUAUCCACAGAUAAAGGGGCAAUGGAAGAGUGACCUUUUCUUCGCAGUGACCCUGAAGGGCACUGUCUCUCAAAGCCCCAAACCACUAGAACUCUAAAGGCCAUCCAAACACCAAUCUCAACCAACACCCUCUUCAAGACCAGGUCCAAGAAGGACCUGCCUCCAGUCAUAAAGAUAAUGUUUCGGUUGUCUUCAUCUUCUCCAUGGUACAAGCUUCAAGAGCUGAAAAACUCCUCAACAUUGUUUUCUUCCAGCAGACGUAACAUCUGAAAAAAAAGAAGCAUAUUUUAUAGAAUUUGCCUGCUCAGAAACAGCGGCCUGAUCUACAUUUUAACCAGGCAAACAGCGGCUAACUUUUGCUAACAUGCGCUAAUGGUUCUCUGUUAGCUUGUUGUUGUUUUUUUAUCACAGAUUAUUGCUAGCAUUCAAAAAUGAUCAAACAGUUGUGCACAGCAAAAGGACUGGGCCAGAGCUAGCGUGUGGGCCAAGAGGAACCUUAACAGUUCCAGCAAUGCUGUUUUUAAGUUCACAGCUCCUCUCUACCAGUGAUAGCGAGUCCUGUUUGAAUAAUUCAGUGGUGACUGCUGAAAGCCGAUAUACUUCACCAUGAACAUUUACAUAUUUGAAGAAAUGUCUUCUGAAACAGCUCCCUGGCUCUUAUGAAGACACUAUGGGGUACUUGUGUAACCUCCUGUUUGCUCUGAGCCAGUUCACUACAGCUGUGCUAGCAUGACAUGCUACAAGAUAUAAACUAACUGGGCAUUCUGUGGAGUGUGCAUUCUGUGAAGUGAACACAAUUCCGGUUUAAAAGGGAAUUCUGAUGCACUUUCGAUCUUGACGAUAACAUGCUUUUGGUCAUUUGAGUGAGUUUAUGUAUCUUGAGAGAGUCUUGUAAAUACUCCCAAAUGAAAAAGGUCAACAUUCAACAGCUGAAAGUUGUCCUGCUGAUGGCAGUAUUCAGAACUGAUUUUGAGUAAGUAUACCAUAGGAAUAUGCUUUUUUUUCCUUAUAAAAUCAAUAUGAGUCUCGUUCACAACACUCUUCUUGUAUCACUUACAGUGUUGUUAGUUUCAUGCCUGUAUUUUGGUGUAUCAAAAAUAAAUUGCUCUUCCAUUAGUCGUAGUGUUAAUUGUUCUGUUAAAAAAAAGCGUAUUAAAACCAAAUUCAGUUUUGUAUAGGAUGGAAUGUUUAGACUAGUCUUUUAAAAUGCACACCCGGCCUGUACAACUGAGGCUGUUUUAUUAAGCAUUGCUUGUCUUUCGUACAGUUAACCAGUAACUUAUUGUAAAAGUCAGGGAUUUCAUUGAGAGUUUCUUGCUUCAUCUUUUUCACUCUGUUUUUGUUCUUUUUUCUGUGUGGAAUGUCAUUUCAGUAUAUCU